AUGCCCGUCAUCGAGCAGUUCAAGGCCUUUAUUCGCCACGGCCGCGCAGCCAAAGACCACUACGAGGGCGAAAGCAGCCACGCCUCAAGAGGCAAUCACACCAUGAGUCACGCAGCAGAAGGAUCGUCGAGGACGCCGCAAGCACCCAUUGGCACGGCGGUACCGACGGCGCAGGAUGCGAGUGCUCAGAUCCACCACAACAUCCCGGAUAAGAGCGGGAGUGCUGCUGCCGUCUCUGACGCUUCAGCACGAGGAACAACAACGUCAAAAGCAGGCAAGACGUCUGCAUCCAACGGUGGACUCGGCGGUGUGCCGAGCGGCGCCGUAGGGAGCGGUACACCAGCAUAUUCACGAUCAGCAUCGAACAACGGAGCUGGGUCGCAGCAGUAUACGCGAGAAGCACAGCAGAUCGUCGAGGAGGAGCGAGCAGCAUCGGAGAAGCUGCCAGUUUACUCUGGUCUGCAGGACAGGUUCAUUCUCCUCAGCAAGAUGGGUGACGGAGCAUUCUCAAAUGUCUACAAGGCGAGGGACAAGAAGACCGGACAAAAAGUUGCCAUCAAGGUCGUGCGCAAGUACGAGCUCAACAGCAAUCAGCAGCAGCAGAUGGUUGGCGACGUCACCACGCCAUGUCACGCCACGCUGCGGCGCGCCAUCGCACACCCCUUGGCCUUCUCCCUCGCAUGCCCGCCCAUCCGCGCAGUAAUCGCCCUCUCAAAACCCUCGCUCACCAACCUCCUGGCCGCUGCGCUUCAGGAUGCCCGCCUUGACCCUCAGUGGCGCAAGAAGAACAGAGUCACGGAGCGAGCAAACAUCCUCAAGGAGGUGCAAAUUAUGCGCAACCUGAAGCAUGGCGGCAUUGUUGAGCUCCUUGAAUUCAGCGAGUCGCGCGACCACUACUACCUCAUCCUGGAACUCUUGGAGGGAGGAGAGCUGUUCCACCAAAUCGUCAAGCUCACCUACUUCAGCGAGCCCCUCGCCCGCCACGUCAUCUUGCAAGUCGCCCACGGAAUCCGCUACCUCCACGAAGAGAGCGGCGUGGUUCAUCGCGACAUCAAGCCGGAGAACCUCCUCUUCGAGUCCAUCAACAUCAUUCCGUCCAAAGUCAACAAGGCUCGACCGUACGACGAGGAAAAGGAGGAUGAGGGAGAGUUCAUGCCGGGAAUCGGUGGCGGCGGUAUUGGAAAGGUCAAGAUUGCCGACUUUGGUCUCUCCAAGGUCGUGUGGGAGGAGAGCACGAUGACACCGUGUGGUACCGUCGGCUAUACGGCACCAGAGAUUGUCAAGGAUGAGCGCUAUUCGAAGAGUGUCGACAUGUGGGCGCUGGGUUGCGUCCUCUACACACUCCUCUGCGGCUUCCCGCCCUUCUACGACGAGUCCAUCUCAGUCCUGACCGAGAAAGUCGCAAAAGGCUACUACACGUUCCUCUCGCCAUGGUGGGACGACAUCUCGUCGUCAGCAAAGGACCUCAUCACCCACCUCCUCUGCGUCGACUCGAACAAGCGCUACACCAUCGACGAGUUCCUCGCUCACCCCUGGUGCAACGAGAACGACGCGCCCCCGAACCUCGACUCGGCGGACAUCGCCCUUGCCAAGGCGAGCGAGAUGCCCCUCGACUCGCCGCUACUGCAGAGCAUGAAGAAGACGGUCAAUCCUCGCAACUUGAUGAGCCCGGGCAUCAACCAGCUCAAGGAGGCCUUCGACGUCACGUACGCGGUGCACCGUCAGGAGGAGGAGGGGCGACGCCGUGGCGCUCACGCUGGCGGGCUGCACGGCCUCAACGAGGACGACGAGGAAGAAGAGGAGGACGCCUCGAGCAUGCAAGCCCGUCUCCAAGGAGCAGGUCGAAACGACGAUGCAGUGCGUCAGUACCAGCAAGCGCAAGCGAACCGCACAACAGCCCAGCAACAGCAAUCACGCGCAGCGCCCGCCGAGCAGCAGCAGCAACAACAGUAUCAGGGUCGAGGAGGAGCAGACCGCAAGAUGGCUGAAGCGGCCUUGUACGAUGGUCGCGCAGGUACGAGAGAUCGUGGCGCUGCGGGUGGGAGGAGAAAGAACUUCGAGCUCAACAUGGGCAAUGCGACGCUGCUUGGCAGACGUAACAAGGGCGGGCCGGCCGGUGGGCUCGCUCUGGGAGGGUUGAACGCGCCUGCCGUCACGACUGUGCCUGGUUCGCCGAUGAGGGUGGAUUGA